AUGCCCGCUUCAUGCGUCAGUCCCUGUGUAGUGGACUCCGCCCUCGCCCUCCGCGCAUGCGCUCUCGUUUCCUCGUCCGCGGGCUCCGCGCCUGCGCACUGCCCAGAGGCGCCGGAGCUCUGUGGCGGCGGCGGCGGGGGGGAAAUGGCGGCCGUGGUGCUGGUGUCCGUGGAGAGCGGCUCGGGGAUGAUACCGGCCGGGAGCCCGGCUGCGUGUGGGGCUCCCGCGGGUCCCUGUGGGCCGGGUUCGUGGAGCCGUUCCCUGGACCGGGCCCUGGAGGAGGCGGCGGUGAGCGGGUCCCUGAGUCUGAGCGGCAGGAAGCUGCGGGACUAUCCGCGGGGCAGCGCCGCCAACCACGACCUGAGCGACACCACGCAGGCCGAUUUGUCACGGAACAGACUCUCGGAACUUCCUGCAGAAGCGUGUCACUUUGUUUCCCUUGAGAGCCUUAACUUGUACCAGAACUGCAUUCGUUACAUCCCAGAGGCCAUCCUGAACCUACAGUCUUUAACAUUUCUAAAUAUCAGUCGAAACCAGCUUUCAACAUUGCCAGUACACAUGUGUAGUCUACCGUUGAAAGUUUUGAUAGCAAGUAAUAAUAAGUUGGUCUCACUACCUGAAGAAAUUGGACAGCUCAGACACCUGACAGAGCUUGAUGUGAGCUGUAAUGAAAUACAGACAAUACCUCCACAGAUUGGCAGUCUGGAGUCUUUGCGUGACCUGAACAUCAGGAGAAAUCAUUUGGUGCAUUUACCUGAAGAGCUUGCAGAAUUGCCUUUGAUUCGAUUCGAUUUCUCCUGCAAUAAAAUCACAACAAUUCCUGUUUGUUAUCGGAACCUCAGGCAUCUUCAGACAAUCACACUAGAUAACAACCCUCUACAGUCACCCCCGGCACAGAUAUGCAUAAAAGGAAAAGUCCACAUAUUUAAAUACCUGAACAUAGAAGCAUGCAAGAUAGCUCCAGACUUGCCUGAUUAUGAUAGGAGGCCCAUGGGAUUUGGCUCUUGCCAUGAGGAACUGUACUCCAGUCGUCCCUAUGGAGCACUAGAUUCUGGUUUCAAUAGUGUGGACAGCGGAGACAAAAGAUGGUCAGGGAAUGAACCUACAGAUGAGUUCUCAGACCUCCCUCUGCGAGUGGCAGAGAUCACUAAAGAGCAGAGACUGCGAAGAGAGAGAGAGUACCAGGAGAACCGAGGGAGCACGGUUGUAACUAAUGGUGGAGUGGAACAUGAUCUGGAUCAGAUUGACUAUAUUGAUAGCUGUGCCACUGAAGAGGAAGAGGAAGAGGUGAGGCAGCCCAAGUGCAUGGAGUCAGAGAGCCUCAGCUCACAAUUCAUGGCAUAUAUUGAACAACGGCGAAUCUCUCAUGAGGGCUCACCAGUAAAGCCAGUGCCCAUCAGAGAUUUUCAGAGAACAGAAGACACAAGACGAUACUUGCAUCAAAACCGGGAUACUGAUGAAUUACGAAGACCAGAAACACUAAGCUUGGUGCAGGACAGAGAGCGACACCAAGGACAGAGGAGUUAUGUAGACAAGGCAGAGAGAGCUCCAGCUGAUUCAUCUUACCUUCUAUCUCUGUCCAACAACCACAGUCAGAUCUCUCAUACAGACGUUGAACUUCACCGAAGGCGAGAGCACGUAGUGGAGCGCACUCGGAGAGAAGCCCAGCUCGCAGCACUUCAGUAUGAGGAGGACAGGAUGAGGACGAAACAGAUCCAGAGGGAAGCUGUGCUUGACUUUGUCAAACAAAAGGCAUCCCAGAGUCCUCAGAAGCAAAGUCCUCUGGAUAGUGAGUGUCCUUUUCCAUCCAGAAGGUCUCAGCACACUGAUGAUAGUGCCUUGUUAGUGUCGCUGUCAGGGUUGAAUCAAGAGGGCUGUGCUACCACCCUGCCUCAUGCCUUCAUAUCUGUCAAGAGUGAUGACAGAUCUACUAUAUCAGCAGCUUCACCGACUACCCAAACAGUCCACCUUUCCUCUCUGUAUCCUGGCCCUGCCGCUCCUCCUUCCUAUAGAAACCCUUCCCAGCGACCUGAGAGUUUCCUUUUCCGAGCAGCUGUAAGGGAUGAAAUGAACAAAGCUAUUGCUUCAUCUCCCUCUUCUGCCUCAUCUCCUCCUAAUGAUUCUACAGACCCCAGAGCAAGGCAGAACUCCAAGCAACGUGAGGAAGAGUUGGAGCUAAUAGAGCAACUGCGGAAGAAUAUUGAGUCACGGUUAAAAGUGCCUUUGCCCAGUGAUCUUGGAGCAGCUCUUACUGACGGAGUUGUUCUGUGCCACUUAGCCAAUCAUGUGCGGCCUCGAUCUGUUCCCAGCAUCCAUGUCCCCUCGCCUGCUGUACCUAAGCUAACAAUGGCAAAAUGCAGACGAAAUGUGGAGAAUUUCCUGGAAGCUUGCAGAAAGAUUGGUGUGCCUCAGGACAAUCUUUGUUCCCCUUCUGACAUUCUUCAGCUAAACCUCAGCGUUAAAAGGACAGUUGAAACUCUUCUUUCCCUGGGGACAGAGUCAGAAGAAUCCACUCUUGUCUCUCUUUCCAUCCAGCUUUGGGGCUUUGUGGCAUUUUACUGUACUCUAAUGCUAACACUCUGUAUGUUCUAUCGCUGGGUCUUUUUCCUCUAG